AGGGAGUGAGAGAGAGAGCAAAGAGGGAGAGAGGGAGAGAGAGAGGGAGUGAGAGAGAGAGGAGAGAGGGAGAGAGAGAGGGAGUGAGAGAGAGAGAAAGAGAGAGGGGGAGAGAGUGGGAGAGAGAGAGAGAGGUAUACAGACUCAGCACUAGCAGUUCAAACAGUGCAGAGUGUGGGGAGGAAGGCGCACUCAGCACAGAAGCAGACUCUCUACGGCUUCUACACAUCCGCCACCCCGCCCCCCCCAGCCCCCCCCAUCCACCGCCCCCGUCUCUGACAGCCGCACAAUACAGCACCGGAUCGCCUUCCACGUGGCCAGCGGCUCGGGGAGAGGAAGAGGAGAGAGGGAAGAGGAAGGACGUCCUCCCGUCCCAUCAGCUCAGUCUGGGGAGGGCAGCUGACAGGACUGACAGGACCAGGUGCCGGGAGGGGCGUGAGCGCGAGAGGAAUCCCAAAAUACAGCUGUCCUUUCCCCCCCCCCCGGCGUCCCGAGAAACAGCCAGCCUCCGGACAGAGACACAGACAGGGUGCCCCGGAGCUCUGGGACCUGCGGACCACUGCUGCGCUCUCCAAAACCCGGAGGCUUCAGCACCCCGCGCCCCGCUUUGGGGGUCACCCCCGGGACACACGGAGCAGAGAACAACCACCCCACUGUGACCUGCCCCACUGCGCCCUGCCCCACCCUGCCCUGCCGUGCCCCGCCCUUGGUUCUCCAGGCUCCAGUGCCAUCUCUGGGCCCUCAAGGGCAGCUACAGGCCCUUCACUUCUGAGGAUGUGACAACCCACCCUCUCCCCCACCUCCUCUGCUCCCCAUCCCCCCAAAUACUGUUGAACAGGUAACAGGUCAAAAGGGGUCACCCACCCCAGUUCCAAAGAGGAUUCCAUUCUUGUCUUUCUUCCACACCACGUUUGUUGUCAGCCCGUCCCUAGCGAUGCCGGCCAAAACACCCAUCUACCUGAAAUCCACCAAUAGCAAGAAGGGCAAGAAAUGCCGCCUGCGGGACAUCCUGUCCCCGGACAUGAUCAGCCCCCCGCUGGGGGACUUUCGGCACACGGUGCACAUUGGGAAAGGCGGGGAGCGGGACGCGUUCGGGGACAUGUCCUUCCUGCAGGGGAACUUUGAGCUGCUGUCCGGGAAGGAGCGGGCCCCCCUCCAGUACGCGGGACACAGCGAGUACCUGAGGGCCAACAGCGCCUCGGACGCCUGCUUCAGCGAGACCCCCUCCCCCGUGCUGAAAAACGCCAUCUCGCUCCCCGCCAUCGGGGGGUCUCAGGCCCUCACCCUGCCCCUCAUCCCCACCGCGGCGCCGCCCCCGCACCCCGACCCCUUCAACAGCGCCCGGCCGCCCUCCCGCGGCCCCCCCGACGGGACGGAGGCGACGGAGACGCUGUGCGGCGAAUCGCUGCUCCUCUCCCUGGACGUGCUCCGCCCCAAUCCCGCCCCCGCCGCGGAGCGCGAGAGGAAGCCCAGCUUCCUGUUCGACUGUUCGCCCGCCAUCACCGCAAAGCUGGCGAAGUUGACGGAGACGAAAAAGCCGGAGGAGAACCGGAAGGCCGUCAACGGGGAGAACGGGUACGGAGGCAGGACCGAGAACGGGUACGACACGCCGCCGCCCGCCUACACCAACAGCAACGGCGGGAUCCGUCAUGUGACCGCGGCGCCCGAGCCCUACGCCAGCUGGCUGGACUGCGACGGCGUGCGGGAGAGCCGCAUCUGCGACUUUGACUUUGAGCUCUGCAAGGGGAAGAGCCUGUCCCAGGACUCCAUCUCCAAAAUCACGGGCUCCCUGCUGUCCCUGGAACUCGACCUGGGCCCGUCCAUCCUGGACGACGUCCUGAACAUAAUGGACAGACCGUAGACGGCAGGGGGAGGCGCCCCCCACCCCCACCCCCCACGAAUAAGAAAAGGGAAAUUACAAAUCGCCAACAACCGCUAAAACAAAGCAAGACUCAUGUCUGUAGAACGCGAGUUUUACAGCAUGUCUGGUCAAUUAGCCCCAAACCAGAAACCCUGUCUCUAAGCGUGGUCCUUCUUUUCUUCCAUAACCAUAGCUGUCAUCAUAGCUUCAGUGGAGUGUUUCACCUUUAUGUUUUAGCUUUCUGCUGUGACGCUUGGCAUGCCAGAUGCAUGUAAUCCAAUAACAGCAACUGCAAAACGUGGCCAUCGUGCCUUUCAUUAUCAGACUGAAUUAAACUGUUUUUUCUUAGUGUACUGAGAAACCUAUUUAAAUAUUAGAUGUAGGCCAGUAACGUUAAUAUCAACAGGAGUGUGCUGAGGACUUUCUGUGCUGUGAAUUUGAGAUACUGUCUGUGGCUUGUACCUCUAAUAUUAUAUACAGUGUAUUUUUCCAUUUUGUCUUCAGUGCAACAUCCUCACAUUGUCUCCUUUUAUUUUUAAAAGAAGUGCACGUACACACAGAGACACUGUACAUUUCUUCCUCCUAUUUAUGAUGCCCGUUGCACCACCUAGGCCCAAAAAUAACAUUAUAUAGAUAUAUAGUUAUACAUAAAAAUACUUACAUGUUUUCGUCAUUCUUUGAACAUAAUAAAUAAAUUUUGUUUUUCAUGCUC